AUGUCUCUUAAGAUCACCAAAAAGAGGAUAAACUACCGAAAAGCACAUUAUUGUCAAGUCAUGAGCAGACUUGCAGAAGGCAUCCGAGAGAAGCUCAAUAAGCAGGAAGAAGCCCAGCAAGUAAGGAUCAAUAGAUCGUUGGCCAGCAUGGGUCCCGUUAUCAAUUCAGAGCCAUGGACGAGAUCCAAGGAUGAAAACAGACCGAGGAAUUUCGAAGAGUCAAAAAGCCGGACAAUACCGAGCUUAGAAGAAAUAGAUAGUAUUCUGGAGAAGUAUGAAACUCCCGAGAAGAUUAGCAAGGACAGGAAUCUUGUGAUAAUUGAUGCUUCGGAUUCAGACGAGGCUGGAGAAACUUCAAACGGAACCACUCAGACGAAAGCCUUGACCAUUACCCGAACCUCAUCAAAUCAUGAACCUCUUGGAUCAAUCUCAAAAGUCUUCCACAACACCAACAACAAAAACAAUAACAACAACAGCAACAGUCUCAGACAGACAAGCUACCAACACUGCACAUAUGAGAGAUUCAGCAGCGAAGAACUACACAUACCAUGCCCCAGAUUACAAUAUAGUCUUUUUGAUAAUAUUGAAUCCAUUGGGUCAAUUUUAAGGGUACCAAAUUUCAAUCAAUCGCGAAUGAAUCUCCAACAUAUUUCCAAAACCGAUGGAAACCAUGAAGCUAGGGUAGAGCAAGAACUCCAGCAGAGCACUGCAGGAAUCAAAUCACGGUCAAAUAGUUCUGUUUGCCAUAUAACUGAUCUGGAACAAGCAGAGUCAAAUAACAUCCAAAAAGUUCCCCAUCUCGAGAAGACUGAAGAACCCCAUGCAAAUCAUGGAAAAUCAAUAGUCCAACACAUCAACGAUUUUGAUGGUCCGGAUACUCAUAGGUAUAUCUUCAUCGGAGAAAGUUAUAGGUUUCUGUUUGGUUCAAAACUAAUUUCCAUAAGUGCAAUAACUGGUGUCGAUGAUGCGCCAGAGGAAGAGGAUACAGAGCCAAGCAAGACUGGAGUGAAGGCCGAGUGGGGUUUUAAAAGUCGUUAUGACAGAUACAGACAUACCAACACCCGAAAGUACGAUAUUCACAGCACAUCCUGGAAAAACCCAAGCAACCAAAAUUUUCACAGAGGCUCGUACCAAAAUGGUAUGGUUCACACAUGCUACAGAUAUAACAUUCAACUGGCUGACAGUGAGAAGGUCAGACGUAGCCUCGGCGGUGGACCAAAACCUGUGAAUAGGUUGGGCGACGGGCAGAAUGCCGCUGCGACAUCACAAACACGCGGAAUCGAGCCAUUCAAUCUUCAUGAUGACAGACCCAGCAAGAAGCAGAGAACAGAGCAGGCGCCUCCAAGUCAUAGAAAAUAUGGUGGAACAAACCAGUUGGAGCAAGGAGCAAUUCAGGAAUCUGGUGGGCAUAAGCUUUUCCAAGGUGAGCCGCCUGACACGGGUGCGUCUGUUGAAGAAUUCCAAACAGUCGAGGACAUUAUAAAGCCAAAGGUACGUCGCAUAAAACGCAACGCCACUACUAUGCGCGCAACCAGCGGCUCCUCAGGAGGGCUCAGCAAUAACCGAGAUGGAGCUCAUAUCAAAUCUUCGAGGCAAAGUGAUCACUCAAGGAGCCGAAUUCAUACGAAUGGAUACUUGGAGGAUUCCGAUGACCCGAUUGUUGACGAUGACCCGCACAUGUUGAUAUCUGCCCCCCAAAAAUCACCUCAAGUGAUAAUUCCUUCUCCAUACUUCGGAACUUCAAACCUAAAACCUGCACGCCAGAACCCAUACUCAAGAGCAGAUGGACGUCAUAGAUCACCGCAAUAUCAGAAACUGCAAACUUCCAAGAGAUCUUCGCCCAACUUUACACAAGAGAGAGGAGCUUUGAAUGAGUUACCCAUAGGUGAUAAUAGCGAGGAUGAGUUGUCACAGGUAAACCCGCCUAGGAUAGCAAAUGGAGGUCAUCUCAACAAGGCACACGAAGAAUGGAAGGCAAACGAUAGCGGCAGUGAUGAAGGUUCCGAAAACGAGUCGAGCCUUGUGAAAACGGGAGAUAUAAUUCCAACCAAUUGGGACAAGCGUGGGACGGGUGACAGGAAAUUACGACAACUGGAAAGCUACGGACAAUACAGAGUUAAAAGCGUCUUCUCAAGAAAUAGACACUGGCACAGGCCGGAUAUUUUGUCGGAGAGCCGGUAUGUGGGUUUGGAUCAAUGUGGAGUUGUGAAACUCAUGGGUGAUACGAAGUCCUUCCCAGGAUUUGCUAUAAAAGCAGCCUCUAUACUUGAUGUAAAAACUGGACAUGAAUCUAGCAAGCUGAUCAUUCGAAAACCAAGCGAGAAUGGUCCUAUGCAAGACUCCGAGAUGUUCAUAGAAUUCGACUCAGCUGAUUCUGCUCAAGAUUUCCAGGAAUCGCUUGGGAUCUUCCAAAAUGAUCUUGAAAUUUGUUGCAUGGAAGAGUACAUAUUCAUGAUUCUCAUCAUUGAUACUACAAGCUAA